AUGGAUGUCGACGAAGAAAGCUCCUCUCCGGUUCUCGACAAGGCGUCCAUCCUAGCUAGCUACGCUCCUUCAGAGGCUCCUUUCUCACUCCCUGACACUCUCCCCAGCUCACCAACGACAAUCUCAUCACCGAUACCCCUCCCAGAGACAACCGAAUCAAUCGAAUAUUCCUACACCGAGCCCCUCCUCCCUUCAACCCGCACCGUCAAAGUAUACCACAAAGACAUCGCCCCCCUCCUCUCUUCAGCCGGUGUCCGUGGUCUCAUCACAACCGUCGUCCAUGGAACCUACUCCUCUCGCCCCGCAACUCUAAUCCUAUUCUCCUUCUCCUUCCGCUCCGGGGACCACGGAUUCCGCUUCAAAAACGCAAACAUCAAGAUCCAAUUCUCAAACCGUCCUUCCUCGAAACCAGAAGAAACGAGUCCCGCAAUCGCGACAUUCGCACCAAGGAAAAUCUACGGUCUCCCCACGAAAGAAGGAAGGAAGAACACCAUCGGCGGCGAAAUCUCGCUUCAAGUGCCCGCUGGACCGCUGACUGUUGGUCCUACGUUGAAUGGGUCGCGAGAAAGUGAGUGGGAGCAGACGCACCGGUAUAAAACCGUAGGGAACUUUUGGAGCAGUAAGUAUGGCACAGACUGGGAUAUCGUGUAUUGGGAUAUGAAGGAGAAUAAGAGGACGAAGGAGGGCAUUCCGGAUCGGUUGAAUGUGGGAGUUGUGGUGGAGAGGGAGGAGGUGGGAGCGUUUACGGCGAGUGUGGAUAUUGAGGUUGAUACGCCGGUGUUGAGUGGGGCGUUUAGUAGUCCGUGGGAGAAGAGGCGGCCGGCUGCUUUUGUGCCGGGCGUGGAGAUGGGGAAGUGGAAGAGGACGAGGAGGUUCGAGGAGUUGAGUGAGAGGGAUUGGAGGGAGCUGGUUCCGUUUGAGGAGGAGUGGGAAAGUGUUUUUGUGGGGGAGAGGAUGAAUAGGAGUUUGGAGGUUCCUGGUGCUUGGCCUGGCGGACCUCAUGCUGCCCAGAAUGAUGGAAAUGAUGGAGACGUUGACUUUGUUAGAGUCAAGGUUGACAUAGGAGAGCAGGGAGAGCAUUGA